AUGAUCCGAGAUCAGAAAUCACCAUCAGAUAAUGCAGCUGCUCUGUCUCGGGGGAUUUCAAAACAUACGGUGGCCAACUCUCCAGCUACUCGCAAGAUGCGGUUGUUUUCCCAACUUGCGAUCCGCUCUAUUGUGAGCUUAUCGAUCUGCUCCGGUGCCUUCGCAUCUACUACAUCUACAUCUACAUCUACUGCCGAUCCCGUUGCCCAAAAUGCAAACCACAUUUUCAACGUGAUUCACGACUCCAUGCGCCAAUGGGGUUCAUCCCUUCAUCAUAAUGGCGUCUCUUUCUUCCUUGCGUCAGUCCCGGUCGGUACUCAGUUAUACCACGGCACUUCGAACCCGGACACUGUGACUGGCAUGGAAUGGCUCGCCUUUGAACCGGAGCAUGCCAUGGCCCUCCUCCUGACGAGGAGCAGGAGAACCGACACCACGAAGAAUUACGUCGCCGGUAUGGCCAAGGGCUCUCACCAUCUGGGGAACUCUGACGAGAACGAGUCAGGAUAUCUUCACACCUAUGCUGCCGCUAAGGAUCUUCGACUCGUCUAUAUCGACGGCAUGUCCGCCGGCAAAACGAAGAAGGGGACUCUAGACUCGCAAGAUUACGUAUUGUUCAACGGUACUAUCGAGGAAUUCUCCCAGGACAAGAAGCCACGCCGCGGUCCUGGCGGGCCCGGAGGCGAGAAAGACCGCGCGGUCAAGGCAUGUGAAAUGGCGCAGAAUGAGUGGGAGGGCCAGAUUGAUGGUGUUCUCCGCAUGGAAGCUGGUUUCGAAAUUAUCCUUUGCUCGUUCGAGCGUGACUUGACUCCCGUUCGGACCACGCAGGUGAAGAAAGACACAGGAGAAGGCGGCAAGCGCAAAGAUUUCAAUAAACCCCAUGGUCCUCCUGGCGGUGACAAGAAGAGAAAGGGCCAUGGACCUGGUGGACCGGGACCGGACUCUUCGCGGUGGAUGCGCGCGGUUACUGCUCGGUAUGAUAGUAUUGGUGGCAAUCGGGUGUCGUUGAACUACGACCACUUCGUCACGGCAUACUCAUAUGAUUUCAAUCUGUUCGCUAAUGAAUCUGUCUUGCCUCGUCUGGCACAUCUUUCAUCCACGGAGCGAGCGGCCAUUCGCGAUGAAUUGACCAGUCUGAUCUUGAGCAACGACACCAAGGAAUCCUCAUGGAACUGGCAAGCCACUGCUGACAUGAUCGUUACGCGCUACUCAGACGAACUGUCGUAUCUGGCAUCUGAGAAGUUUCUGGAGAUCAAGGCAUUCCGUGAUCACAUUGAAUUGCUUCUAUCGCCAUUCAUCGAUUACAGCAAGCGAAACAUCUCUGAUGAGGCCGAGAGAUGUGCCACGCAAUUCUUGCCGUUCCAAACCCAGAAGGAACAGACUUUGCCAGCGCGCGCUGUGCACCAUGUUGCGCAUAGUGUUUGCUUGGCGUUGCUUGAGGCUGGAAAUGAGGAGAAGCUUAGUCUUGCACAAAACAGAGUUAGUGUCUUGGUCGAUUAUCUAGAUUGGACGACUUGGAAAGAGUGCCGCGGCUGUGAAGAUAACGAGAUCUGCGUAAUACCGAUCUGGCCUAUGGGUACCGUGUCGGAUUAUAACAACCCCAAGUGCAGAGAUGCGUCUAAGCCGUACGAGGGAGAUGACGGUGAGGGUUAUUGGGGUGGGAUGCAUUGA